AAUAUCAUCCACCCACCACACAAACUCUUCAUCGCAUCUAGAUCUUUCCCCGCAAACCUCGUGUUCUUUGUCUCAAAUCCCUCUCCACAAGAACCUAUAAAUCAUCAUCUGUUCAUAUAAAAGAUCCCCCUUUUCAAAAUUUCACCGCUUUUUAUUCAAUCCCUUUUCACGAUUUCCACCGAUCUAGAUCCUGUCUUAUUCUCAAUUCAGUUUUCUGCUGUAGAUUUGGAGCAUUAGUGAUACCCCACACCCCAAAAGUAAAGGGAUUAUAUGGCAGAGCAUGUGUUGGAGGGUAGCCAACCAGUUGAUCUAACCAAGCACCCAUCUGGAAUCGUUCCUACUCUUCAGAACAUUGUGUCUACUGUGAAUCUUGAUUGCAAGCUAGACCUGAAGGCGAUUGCACUGCAAGCUCGUAAUGCUGAAUAUAAUCCAAAGCGUUUUGCUGCUGUAAUUAUGAGGAUAAGAGAACCAAAAACAACAGCCUUAAUCUUUGCUUCUGGAAAAAUGGUAUGUACAGGAGCCAAGAGUGAACAACAGUCAAAAUUGGCAGCACGGAAGUAUGCAAGAAUUAUUCAGAAACUUGGGUUUCCAGCCAAAUUUAAGGAUUUCAAAAUUCAAAACAUUGUGGGGUCAUGUGAUGUAAAAUUUCCCAUUAGACUUGAAGGCCUUGCAUACUCUCAUGGUGCCUUUUCAAGUUAUGAACCAGAGUUGUUCCCUGGACUGAUAUAUCGAAUGAAACAACCGAAAAUUGUUUUGUUAAUUUUUGUUUCUGGGAAGAUUGUUCUUACUGGGGCUAAGGUUAGAGAUGAAACUUAUACUGCAUUUGAGAACAUAUAUCCUGUGCUUACAGAAUUCAGAAAGAAUCAGCAGUGAUUGUUGAUUUUGGAUGAAAUGGUUUUUUAUGGGGGCUGGAGUUGACUUUAGGGUUUGACCUGCCAUGGGACUUUUACUGGUGUAAGGAAGGGCAAGUGUAAAUAUGAUGGUGGAAAUGGAAAUGGAAGGGAAGGGAUUAAGUGAAGGCAAAUGCACCCACUUUUUUUUUUUUUUUUUUUGGAAUUCAGAAACUUAUAUAUAAAAAUAAUAUCAUGUUUUAUACAAUGGGAGAAACAAAUUUUUGCAUCUCUUAGGGUUGAAGGGGAACAUGAAGGUUUUGGAUAAGUUUUCAAUUACGAUUUUUUUCUUUUACUCAUAAAUGUUUGUUUAUCAGAAUCACGAAUUUUGAAGGAAUUGAAAUGGAGGAUUUUGUGAACAUGUGAAUUCGAAAGAGUUGAAUUCAUUUGAAAUCCAUCAAAAUCAAGAUUUUGCUAUUCCUAUGAGUGAGGAAAACGAAUUUUGGUUUCAUUUAUUAGUCUGUUAGGUUAGAGACCCAUGGAAACCACAGGUUUUUAAAAAAAAAUUUAAUUUUAUA